UUUAAAUUUGUUAAAACUCAUUCUUCUUCUCUCACCAAACAUUUUCUCUCUUUUUCUCUCUUCCCAUUCAAUCCUUCGUUCUCUCUAUCAUCGUCUCAGGGAAAACUGAGGGGAAUAACCCCUCUUUUUUUUUCUUUUUCUUUUUUUUUUUGUUCUUAAAUUUUGAAUUUUGAGGAAUUAAGGGUUUGGAUUUAUGUCCUUCAAUCAAUCAAAGUCCGAUAAGAGUGACACUGUGAACCGACGAUCCGGCCGAUCCGCCAGCUUCAAUCAGCAGCGAGGUUCCACCGGUGGUUCAUACGUCAAGAGCGGCACCGGCGGGGCCGUGCCUUCUGUCUCCUCUUCUCGGAGUUUUAACAAGAAGUCUAAUAAUCAUGCACAAGGUGGACCAUCUAGGGUAAACCCAACCCCAGCAACUUCAACUGUGCCUAAUUAUGCUUCUGCAGUUCGAGCAACACCGAAUGGUUCCCAUGUGCAACAGCCACAAUUUCAUGGAGGGUCUGAUGCUUCAGUUACUAAUGCAACUGCCAAGCCAUCCGAAUCAUCAGCUGUACAAAGGAGCACCGGAGUUGUUUCUAAAGCUCCUAUUUCUCAACCUCCCUCCGUGAGUUCUGGUUCAGCAGCACCUACAACUCCUGCUAAGGUAGAUGCAUCCAAGGCUUUCCCUUUCCAAUUUGGAUCUCUUAGUCCUGGUGUUAUGAAUGUGAUGGCAAUUCCUGCUCGCACAAACUCGGCUCCUCCUAAUUUUGAUGAGCAGAAGCGUGAUCAGGCUCACCAUGAUUCUUUAAGGCCUGUGCCUUCUGUGCCAACACCUCCUGGUCCAAAGCAGCUGCCAGCAAAAAAGGAUACAGGUGCCUUUGACCAUAAGGCUGGGGAGACUCAUACUGGUACAGUGGCAAAAAAGGAUGCUCAAGUGUCACCUUUACCCCCAGCAAAUCUAAUGCAGAAGCCUUCUGUUAUUCCUCUAGCUGGAAUUUCAAUGCCAGUGCCAUAUCACCAGUCACAGGCACCUGUACACUUUGGUGCUGCUAAGCCACAAAUUCAAUCUCAUGGUAUGUCAACAGCACCUCUUCAGAUUCCUUUACCAAUGCCUUUUCCAAUUGUAAGUGCUGCACAAGUGCAACAACAGGUAUUUGUUCCAAGUCUUCAACCUCAUCCUAUUCAUCCACAAGGAAUCAUGCAUCAAGUCCAAAAUAUAGGUUACAGUCCUCAAAUUGGUCAUCAAAUGCCCCAUCAUUUUGGCAAUAUGGGUAUGGGCAUCAACCCACAAUAUUCCCCACAGCAAGGAGGAAAAAUUGCUGUACCUCGGAAAACCACUCCUGUGAAAAUAACUCACCCUGAUACACACGAAGAGCUUAGACUUGAUAAAAGGGCAGCUGGUGGUGGGUCAUCAGGUGGUAGGUCUCAUUCUGGCAUGCUUUCUCAAUCUCAAUCUGUCCAGAGCCAGAUUACAACCAAUGCUCAGCCACCAAGAGUUUCCCGUGACGUGCCUAAUGCAAUCCCGUCAACUCUUUUAGGAGUAUCUUCUGUAUCUAUAAAGCCAAGUGGUGGGUCUGGUAUUGUAAACUCAUCAUUUGCCAAUUCCAAUAUUUCUGGUGCUCAAAAAGGUGGAUCUCCUAGUUCCUCAGUAACAUCUAGUGAUGUUCACUCUUUGGUGCCACCAAAAGGGCCUGAAAUUUGUUCGGAAAUCUCUUCCCAACAAUCUACUGCUGCAUCUGCUUUUGCUGAGAAGCUUACAACAGAUUCCUUGUUGCCUUCUUCAACUGCUAUUAGUGAGAAUUCUGUUUCAGCUGUAUCCAAUAUCGAAGGCAGAAACAACGAAUCUCUUAGUAGGUCAAAUUCUUUGAAGGAUAAUCAGAAGAAACUACAAAAGAAAGGCCAAUUGCAGCAUCAGGUGGCUGUGCAAUCUUCUGCUGUGGCUAAUAAACCUUCCCUAGCUGGUGAUGGUUGUAUCUCUGAUUGUGUAGUUUCUGAAAUUGUAGGAACUAAAACACCCUAUUCUGCAGCAACUGCCAAUGAAGAUCUUUUAGCAAUAGCUUCUGGCACAAAUUCAGCUACCAGUGAGAGCUUGCCUUCUCCUGUUGAAGAGAAGACCAAUGGUUCUACGCAGGUGUCUGCUUGUGCUUCAGCUGAAGGACCUGUUACUCAAGCUGUGGAUAGCUUGAACAAUCAUAAGAGUGAUACGCUAGAUGUAUUAUCCCGAGAGGGUAAACAGCUGAGGCAGAACAAAUUAGCUGGUGAUAAAACUGAAGAUGCCUCUUUAAGCAGAAACGGAGGUGUAGUUAGUAAUGAAGCCACUUCUACAAAUUCUGGCACAUCAGAUCAUCAAUCUUCUGGCCAUCUUGAAACAAAUUUAAAACAUUGCAAAGAUGGUUCAGAGGAUUCUGGCACUGGCUCAGCCUCUCUUCUGGCAGCAUCAGUUACUAUGGACAAACCAGUUUUAGAGCCAAGUAAGGUAAAAGGUACAUCAAAGGGGAAAAAGAAACGAAAAGAAAUUCUUCAGAAAGCAGAUGCGUCUGGGUCAACAGCUGAUCUUUAUAAUGCGUAUAAGGGACCUGAGGAAAAGAAAGAAGCUGUUGCAAGUUCAGAGAGCACUGCAAAUGUUUCUACUUCUGGAAAUUCGAAGCAGCUGCCUAUCGAUGCUGCUCAGCCAGCUGUAGUUGCAAAUGAACAAUGUGGGCAGAGUAAGGCUGAAUCUGAGGACUGGGAGGAUGCUGCAGACAUGUCCGCACCAAAGCUAGAAGUAUCAGAUAAAACUCAACAGGACAGCAAUGGUAGUGCAGUUACUGACAAAAAGUACUCUCGAGAUUUCCUUCUAAAAUUUGCAGAGCAAUGCUCUGAUCUUCCUGAAGGGUUUGAAAUCACGGCAGACUUAGCUGAAACUUUGAUGGGUUCUAAUAUUGGUUCUCAUGUUAAUGAACGCGAUUCAUAUCCUUCUGCUGGUAGAAACACAGAUAGGUCAGGUGGCAUGUCUCGGAUGGAUCGUCGCGGAAGUGGCAUUAUUGAGGACGAUAAAUGGAGUAAAGCUUCUGGUGCUUUUCAUUCUGAUAUGCGCUUGGAUGGUGUUGGAGGUAGUGCAGGAUCCCGACCAGGCCAAGGAGGUAAUUUUGGUGUUUUAAGGAAUCCGCGCACACAGACAACUAUACAAUAUGGAGGGAUUCUAUCUGGGCCAAUGCAAUCCAUGGUAAAUCAGGGAGGAAUGCAAAGAAAUAGCCCUGAUGGUGAAAGGUGGCAGCGUGCUGCUAGCUUCCCGCAGAGGGGUUUAAUUCCAUCUCCUUCUCAAUCUCCUUUGGUGACGAUGCACAAAGCUGAGAAGAAGUAUGAGGUUGGUAAAGUAACAGAUGAGGAACAGGCGAAGCAGAGACAGUUGAAGGGUAUAUUGAACAAGUUAACUCCACAGAAUUUUGAGAAACUUUUUGAGCAGGUAAAAGCAGUUAAUAUUGACAAUGCAGUCACUCUCACUGGUGUCAUCUCACAAAUCUUUGAGAAGGCCUUGAUGGAACCUACCUUCUGUGAAAUGUAUGCCAAUUUCUGUUUUCAUCUGGCAGCUGCAUUACCUGAUCUCAGUCAAGACAAUGAAAAGAUAACAUUUAAGAGAUUAUUGUUAAACAAGUGCCAGGAAGAAUUUGAGAGGGGUGAAAGAGAGCAAGAAGAAGCUAAUCAAGCUGAUGAGGGUGAGGUGAAACAGUCUGACGAGGAAAGAGAAGCAAAACGAUCCAAGGCUAGAAGACGAAUGUUGGGUAAUAUCAGAUUAAUUGGAGAGCUAUAUAAGAAGAGAAUGCUGACAGAGAGGAUAAUGCACGAGUGCAUCAAAAAGCUACUGGGUCAGUGUCAGAAUCCUGACGAAGAAGAUAUUGAAGCUUUAUGCAAACUGAUGAGUACUAUUGGGGAGAUGAUUGAUCACCCCAAAGCCAAGGAACAUAUGGAUGUAUAUUUUGAAAGGAUUAAAUUAUUAUCAAACAACAUGAGUUUAUCUUCUAGGGUGAGGUUCAUGUUGAAGGAUACCAUUGAUUUGAGAAAGAAUAGAUGGCAACAAAGGAGAAAAGUUGAAGGUCCAAAGAAGAUUGAAGAGGUGCACCGAGAUGCUUCCCAAGAGAGGCAAUCCCAAGCUGGUAGGCUGGGUCGUGGUAUGGGUAUUAGUGCAGCAAGAAGGGCCCCUAUGGAUUUUGGUUCAAGAGGUUCAUCUAUUUUAUCCCCUCCUAAUGCUCAGAUGGGUGGAUUGCCCACUCAAGUUCGUGGGUAUGGUUCUCAGGACGUUCGUGGAUAUGAAAGGCAAUCAUCGUAUGAGGCUAAGACACUGUCUAUUCCCUUGCCUCAAAGAUCUUCAGGUGAUGAGUCAAUAACCCUAGGACCCCAAGGUGGUCUUGCUAGAGGAAUGUCCAUUAGAGGUUCUCCAGCAGUUUCAAAUUUUGCUGGCCCUAACAGUUAUAGUAAUUUACCGGAGCGCGCUUCAUACAGCCCUAGGGAGGACUUGACACCAAGAUAUAUUCCAAAUAGAUCUGCUGGUCCAACUGCUUAUGAUCUAUCAAGUGCUCAAGACCAUAGUAUGGAUUACCAUAAUAAGGAUUUGAGAAAUGCAGAUAGGUUUCUUGAUAGACCUGGUGUCAAUUCACCUCCUGCCCAAGUACAAGAGACAGUAUUCUCCCAGAAUACCUCUUCAGAAAAGGGUUUGUCAGAUGAGAAACUACAGAACAUGUCCAUGGCAGCAAUUAGAGAAUACUAUAGUGCUAGAGAUGUGAAUGAAGUUGUUUUGUGCGUCAAAGAUCUGAACUCUCCAAGCUUUCAUCCUUCCAUGGUCUCUCUCUGGGUCACAGAUUCAUUUGAGAGAAAGGACACACACAGAGAUCUUUUGGCCAAAUUGCUGAUGGACCUUGUGAAAUCUCAUGGUGGUACCUUAAGUCAAGCCCAGCUCAUCGAAGGGUUCGAAUCUGUUUUAAGUACUUUGGAAGAUGUGGUUACGGAUGCCCCAAAAGCACCAGAGUAUCUUGGCUGCAUUUUUGCCAAAGCUAUAACGGAGCAUGUAGCCUCAUUGAAAGAGAUUGGGCGGUUAAUACAAGAUGGCGGAUAUGAAUCAGGGAGCCUUUUACAAAUUGGACUUGCAGCUGACAUUCUUGGAAGCACCUUGGAAGUGAUACAAACAGAGAAGGGUGAUGUCUUCUUGAAUGAGAUUCAGACAAGCUCCAACUUGCAGUUGCAGACCUUCCUGCCUCCAGGACCUAUUAAAUCUCGCAAGCUAGAGAAAUUCAUUUAGGGGGCAGAAAUGCUGACAUUUUUUUAUUUUUAUUUUAGUUCUUUUAGAAUACUCUAAUUUGCAAAAUUGUUUUUCGGGCAGUAGUGGUGAGAUUUUUAUUUUUGUUUUGGUACUUUUAGAAUAAUCAGUAAUUUUCGAAAUUGUUUUUCUUCAUGGGAGCAGUGGUGGGGAGAAUUUUAUUCUCGGAUUUCUGUCUAAAUAAUGUCUUCACUACUAUUGUGAAAGGUACAGUUAAACAUCAUAAAUUUUAGGCUGAGAUAUAAUGCUUGUCA